GUCCUCUUAGCGGGUCAAACUCCUUGCGAAAAUGGAAACUGGUGCGGAACGUUCGCGCUUUUCAGAGUGCUAUCCUGUUGAUGUGCCCAGUCUGGACUAUAACACCAUGAGGACCAGUGCAGAGAAGUACCUGUCAAAUCUGGAAUCACACUUCCCCUUGAAGAAUGACUCUGUUCUUCUCCCAGAUGGUGAAGAGCUGGAUGUAACUCAUGCCAAUGUGAGUCGUCUCUUGCUUUUUGGUGACGAUGACCCAGCUUACUCAGUUUUGGCUCUGCACACACCUGAAGACAAAGCAAAAGUGGUCGCAUUGUAUCUGCAUGGAAAAUGGUGGGCUCUGAAUGAUGCCUUAAAAACUGCUUGCACAUCCAGAUCUGGCCUUAUUACGGUCGAGUCUCCUGGAGAAAGAGUGGUGCUUUUUCUCUUGAGUCAGAUUAUUUUUGGAAUAUUGGAGAGACCCAUAAAUGAAGGCAUAUAUUUUGCCCCCCACCCUGCAAAGGAAAUAGCCAAAAUUCUUUGGCAGGACGGGGAAGCUAUCGGCUUCUACAGUGUUAAGAAGAAAGGUAGCUUGUGUGACAGAUACACCAGUGAGUGCUAUCAGCUUCCUGUGCUGGACACAGUUUUUGUGAGGAAACACUGGAGGAGGAGGGGCUUUGCUCUCUGGAUUCUUGGAGAUUUUUGCUCAUCCUUCUCCAAAGAAGAAACUGUAGGAAUUAGCAGCCCAAUAUCUGCCAACAUGUACCAGGUGUGCUCGAAGUACCUGAUUGUCCAUGAGUCUCAGAGGGAUCGUCUCUAUGAGGUGGAGGCGCCUGGAAAUUGGAGCCAAAGGAGAAAUGUGUGGUUAAACUUACAGUUGGGCAGUUGCCCUGGAAACUACAUGCAACAAAACACAAUAGAUGGGAAGAACAAAAAGAAAAAGACUGCAAGCUGUCAAAAGAACGCUCAGAAUUGUGAGAGGGAGGAUUUCGAUGCCUCCGUUGACGAUUCUGAUGGAAACCCGGAACCCCAGAGAAUGGCGAGGCGCAAGCGAGUUUGGAGCAAACAAUGUGGAAGAGACUGAACGUGCCAAAAAAAGGGCAAAGACCCUGAAUGGAGUCAAGAAUGAUUACUGAAUUUUGGACGUUUAUUGUUGCUGUACAUAAGCUGUCCAGUUAUGUUUUAAUUAUUUCUUCAGAUUAAACAAACUCUCAAGUGUGCUGUUAA